AUGAUAAGAAAGCACCUCAUAAAGCAUAAUGAUAGGAUACUACGACUAAAGAAUCUACCUAUCAAUUUCACAAGAUCAACCUCAUCAUCAUCUUCAUUCAUACCAUUGAUACGACGAUUUAAACCAUCAUUUCUCAACCAUUUUGGAUUCAUAGACAAAUUCAUUACGUACCUAAACCCCAAUUUCAAAAGAACGAUAAUUGAAAGAGACAGACCAACAAUAAUAGACAAAAUUUCAACUUUACAAGACAAAUCAACAUACUCAACGAACGUUCAACCACUAAUAAAGUACUUAAAUCCCUUGGUUCUACUGAACUAUGAACUAGCUAUAAUAUCGAAUGGACUAACGAACUUAGAAUUACACACACGAAUAGACAAUACCUCGAUAAUUUACGAAUCUGACAAGAUUAGAUCAGUUGGUCAAAACAUUUACAGAUUAUUAUUAGUAAAUCAAUUAAAAAUUUUUCAAAAUUUAAAAUAUUUAUCCAACUCUGAGAAUGAAAUAGAAUCAGAUUUAAAUUGGGUUUGGGAUAAUUCUAUUAUCUUAAAAUUCAUGAAACUAAAUGGACUAUCAAACAGUAUUACCAUAAACUCAGAAUUUUUAAUCAAUGAAUUCAUUGACCACGAUUUAUACCAAUUGAAAAAACAAAAAGUCAUUAAUGCUACUACUAUUGGGAGCUUUUAUACAAUGAUUGGUCUAAUAAGCAUUAAAUAUAAACAAAAUUUAGAUAAUGAAACCAUAGAUAAAAUCUUAAACGGUAAAAGAGGUAUAUUUAAUAUAUUAAAAGACAAUUUAUAG